UCAUGACGAUCAAAGAUUAAUUUUUGAUGAAUGAUUUCUUUUAUGUUAACAAAACAAAAUCAUAAUCAACGACUGUAUGGCAAUCGAUAUCAAUGCAUGGUCGAUACUAAGGGUGGGCACAUGGUGUGGUUAAUCCGCGGAUUGAUAUCGAUCCACCCGUAAAUAACCCGACCCGCACGAAAUGGAUGGGUUGCUGAUUGGUAAAUCUCUCACCCGCACUUAUGUGGGGUGGAUGGUGAGUGGAUUGCGGGUCACCCAUAUGACCCACAUCCUAUUUUUACAUGAAAAAUGUUUCUUAUAGUAUCGAAUAUUCAUCAUAUGACCCACCGUUAGUCGAUACCCAUCUUUAAGAAAUAGUCAAUUACCAACUUCGCAAGUGUCAACCCAUAUGCUUAGAUGUAAUGUAAAUAACUAGGCAAAGUGGGUCUCAUACGUCUCCUUGACACAAGUGGGAUUUUUGCAUAUGCAUGUGUUUAUCGAUUGGGUUUUUCUCCAACGAAAUAUAUUUAUUAAUAUUAUAUUUAUUGCAUUACAUAGGGAAGUUCUUAGGGACAGCCAUGGAGGAGUGUCAGUCUGAAGCUCAGCUGUUUUUCCAUCAGAAACCCACUGUCACCCCAACCCACCACCGCGUAGAGAUAGAGAAAGACAGGCGUUUUGUUCAUAAUCAUAAUAAUAAUAAUAAUAAUAAUAAUAAUCUAGAUCAAUAAUGAAUAAUACUUUGAUGGUGUUAGUUAAUUAUUCUAUUGCUUCAGCUAGAUAUUGCGAUGGUUGGUUGGUGACGGCGGCGAGUAUGGGCCGAAGACGAAGAGGCUUGCCUGGCAAGUGCGGUGGCGUUUGCGUUUCGGUUUUGGUCGCAAAACCCAACAGCUUGUUUACAGCUCAGCAAGCUGGUCCUCGAAUCAAAGUGCCUAUGGCUGCUGAGCUGGCCGCUGCCAAACAACGACGAAAAGUUAAAAAAAACGAGGACCAAGGAACGAACGAACGAACGAACUCGGCGGCAGACAGCGGCGUUGAACGACGGAAAAGAAUUUUUGGACUUUUCCCCCCACCGGAUCCAUCGCUUUCCGGGCUCUGUUUCUGUUCAAAUCCAAACCAAGUUAGCGUGUUAAAGCAAAGAAGCACCGUCGCUUUUCCUUCACGUUUCCUCCUUCAUGGGCUGGGUGGGUGGUGGGCUGUCAAUGGGCUAGUGGGUGGGCUUGGUUCAGAUAUUCCUUUCGUUUUCCGGAAAGGAAAAGGCCCGGCCCAAGGAGGUUGGUCGCGAUCGGUUUGCAGUAUUGUUCCUCCUCACUUGUAUGCCAUUGAUUUGAAUAGUUUAGGAACGAAAGAUGAAGGAAAAGAAACAAGUAUGGGCUAAGUGAGUGGACUGUCAAUGGGCUAGCGCGUGGGCUUGGCUCAGAUAUUUCCCGAAAGGAAAAGGCCCACCUAUGAGAAAAAGGAAAAGGCCCGCUCGCGGUAUAUGUGUGUAUAUAGAGAGAGGGAGAGCGGAGUGUGGCACGCCAGCCGUUCACGCUGCGCAGAAAACAACGGCGGAAAGUUACCGGAGAAGGAGAGGCAAAAGAUGACCGAACCUGAUUCACCCGAAAUACAAAAGACUGAAGAGCCGGCGCCAUCGUCGUCGUCGCAUAAUCUGGCGCAGUUGGUAUCUGCCGUCGAAAACCUACCGGGCCUGGAAGCAACUGGAAAGGAGGCGGGUGCGGGUGAUCCGCCCGCCCCGUCAUCGUCUCGUCGUCGCCCGGUGGUGAAAUCCAAUUACAAGUAUCCCGAAGUUGGAGGAUACAUUGAUGAUUUCGAUUUUAAAGAAGACCCUCCUGAAGUUUUUGAAAAGAUGAGAUGGGAUACUGCCAUUGUUGCGAACGAAGCUCUCGUAUACUACAACUCGAAGGAGGGUACAAACUACGUCCUCCGGAAUCCCUUGCACAGCUGGUGUACUCUCUUUCCUGGCCAACUUCUCAUCCACGCCAACUUCAAAGCCAAGAACAUCGUCGACCUGAGUGGGCAAAACAACCCUCCCAGUGAGCUCUUCUUCUCUGAGACUGUCAGAUUCUACCGGCAGCCAUCCAAGAUUCUUACCUGUAUCACCAUGGAUAAGCGUAGCAGCGAUAUAAACAGAGGUUGUCUCUACUGUCCGAGCCAUAUACGAAAGAAGAGUUUCUACCAUCCUCCUAUGGGAAACUCAGAGUUUGGUGAGGAUCAGGAGAAGGAUGAUGCCAAGUUCCCAUACGAAGAUUCGAGCUCAGAUUCGGCCGAUGCACUUUGACUUACAUGCUAGUAUGACACUCUUAAUCUCUGGAGGAAGAAUUAAACGACCUCCUCCAUACUAGUUUGAGUUUGGGAUAGAUAUGAAUCCAUGUCCUUUAGAGAAGUCUUGGGAUAUCCUUGAAAUUUGUGGAUCUACUAAUAGUGAUUUGAAUUUGGAAGAAAUUUUUGUUGUGAUUCAAAAAAAAGUAACACAAUAAUUAUCGGAUAAAAUGUUAUUCAUUAUACUACGAACUAAAUGUUAUUAUUUUUAAAACAUAUACAUAAUUAUACUCUAAAACAAAGUCCAAUUAAAUCCUAAAUUUCACAAUCUUUUCGUCUAAACCCUGAAAACUAAAUUCCCAAUUCCCCACUCUUCUUACAUUGACUAAGCUUGCAUCACGGAAUCUCCAAUGGCUGUAAAACCAGCUUGCUGCAGUUCCCUUCACCUUCAAGCACAAGGCCGCGGCAAAAGAGGACGAGAAAAUCUCUCAUGGGUUGAAGGAAAACGAGGCAACAGAGGAUGAAGAAACAGAAAGAUACAAACUUUACCAAAAAAAAAAACAUCACCUCGCUGACUGAGAUUCCGAGGGAAUGAAACUUGCCGGCGUAUUGACGUCUGGAAUUAGACGAAUUAUUGGUGACGACUGACGAAUACCAGCUCCUUCCCCUGCGAUUCCGUCUUUAAUUUUUUUUUAAACCUUUUCACAUCUAAUAAUCCAAAACGGUGAAAUCAAUAGCGAACGGAAUUGAGAAAAGAAAGAUACAGAGACCUUUGGGAGUGGAUCAGUUCGAGCGUUUCCGGGAUUGCCAUCGAUGAGCUUGUCGUCCUUUCAGAUCACGCCUGAGAAGCCAAGGACGAACGAGCAGAGGAGGCCAGAGAAUGGAGGAAAGACAGGGAAAAUUGAGAGGGAGAAUAAGAAAAAGAGACCCUCGCAAUCGAAGGGGAAAGCCUCGACGGAGUCGACGAUCUCCGAACCGCUCAUUUUUCCGCCGCUGAAGUUUUAUCAAUUUCCAUCGCAAUCGAAAGGAAAUGAGAAACAAAACCUUUUCCUUUCCGGUUGCUUUCCGGUUUUUGCUUUUUAGCAAUUUAUUUAUCAAUUUCUUUUUGAAAUAUGUCAGAAUAGAAGUAUGGGCUGGGU